AGAAGGUUUGGAUUGGAAGGUGUCAUUAUCUAGGACACUAACUGACAGUAACCUGGAAGCUUCUGUUUUUAAGUGGUGACCACCGACUGAUAUUUGUGCAAGUUCUAAAAUCUGGCUGAGAGUUCUUUAACUUAUGCACCAUGAGUGCCGAGUGGCCUUUAUCCAGGAUUGGCAUGGUCCUGUGGGGUGGCACAUGUGCAGUGGGAACCAUGGUCAUAGUGCUCCUGCGGCAGCGACCUAACAGUGGACUGUGGCUGCUCUAUACUCAGUACCUCAUUACUCACACUGUAUUCUCAGUGCUAGUUGUGGUACAAGAAGAGAUACCAGGAUUCAGAAAUGACAAUGCAACCAUAAAUAAUAAUACAGACAGCACUGGCAACAUCCAGAGUCCCAGUGUACAAACCUCUGUGAUCAUGGGCUAUGUUACCAACUUGCUCUUGUUAUUUGCUGCCAGUGUUUAUUUCAGAAUUGCUGUGGUGAUUUGUGUGAGGAAAAGACCUCCCUAUCAUCUUUAUCUGAUGAUAACAGUCUGGUUAUCACUGAUUGCAGUGGCUGUCUGUAUCACAGUUAUGACAUUUGCUGUCAACUUGGGAGAGCUUACUGGACUAGUAGUGUUUGGGUAUUAUUUCUUAUGUGCACUUUACUUUCUGAUCAUGGUAUAUGUAGUUUACAUCAACCUCCUCAGAGGAAGAAUUGACAGGAAAUAUGGACAACCCAUUUACCCAGCACUUGUGUCUUGUGUUGGCAGACAUGGUGGAUUUGUUCUGGCAGGGGUAAUUGGAGGAACAAUGGGAAUGCUGGAUUACUUACUGGUAAUGAUUGCAUCAUUUGGGGUUCCCAUUUGGGAAGCUUCUUUUCUUAGCCGGUUGCUGGACUGCAUUUUUUAUGUCCCACUUGCUAUCCCCUUUCUUCUGUGGAUGGAUUGUCCAGAAAAUUAUCCCAUGAAAGAUACCAGAAGUUAUGUUUUGUAAGUGACAAUAAUAGCAUUAUUCCGAGGCUGGUAAUAAUUGCAUUUGUACUUUACUAACAAGAGGUUAACACUUGCCUAUUCCUUUUUAUAGUGUAUUCGUCAUCUUGCAAAUGAAAUACAAGAGCAAAUGAUCUUCUUGUCCCUAAUGAAGUGCUUUACAUAGGAUAAAAUGGCUGUGUUGAUAAUUACAUUUGUAUAUCACAAACAGUGGACAACAGGUCAUGUAACUGCUAAAUGAAAUGAACAAUGGACAGAUGUGAUGACAAAUGCAAGUAUUGAUGAACAUAAAUCUAUAUACAAUCCAGGUUUGUAGUCACCAUCUUUGCUAUCACAUGCUCAAGUGAUGAGUAUAGCUUUAUCUUUCUUGUUCCUUUAAGUCAUUUGAUCUGCAUAAAAUUAAUGGUCAAUUGAAUAUUGUACAAAUUUGAUAAUUUCAUUAUUUUAUUUCUUUCCUUUUAUAGCACAAAUUGUAGAAAUGUAGGAUAGGCAUACUGAACAUUUAAAGAUGCACAUUUUGUAGUACGUUUCAGAAAGUGGUUUUACUUGAACCACAAUGCCGUGCAAAAUUGACAUGAAUUGAACUGUGAAAACUGUACCAAGAAUGAAAACUUUGGGGAAUUGUAGCCCGAAAUGGCGUUUCCAGACAAAGCUAUGAUAUUUGACACUCGAGAAAAUGUAAUAAAUAUUUAAGGGAUAGAAAAAGAGCCUCAUCAUCAAACAAAGUUUUGA